AUGUUGUCGCUCACAAUCUAUUAUUCUUUGCAUCCCUUCCACUAUCUCUCGGCAACGCGCCCUGAUUUUUGUGUUCUCGCACUCUCCGGCAGUGUGCCAUCAUUGUUGCGUUCUCGCUCUCUCUUGGUAGCAUGUCCUUCAGUAUUGCAUUCUCACCUUUCCCGGCAGCGCGACCUCCACUAUUACAUUCUCACUCUUUCUCGGUUUAGCUUUUGUGCCUCAUUCCCGGGGUGUGACUCAAAAAUAUGGUUGUAUGAAUUAAAAAACUCUAAUGCAUUGUAUCGCGAUGAUGGUUGA